GAUCAUAGUGAUUGGUGACCAGUGGUACUCUUAUCUGCUCGCCUGUUGUCAGGCAACCAAAUUGACCCGAAAGAUGCGUCGGACCGUCCUUGAACAGCAUGUUCUACCGAGCCUCGCAACGAUCCAGAUUCCAAAGUCGUCAUGGAAAAUGUGCGGUCAGGUACGGCCACGAGUCUUACAAACAUAAAAGCCGGAAAGCGGGAUGCAUGUACCAGCUUCCGUUUUUUCUUCUGUACCAGCCAGACUGGUUUUCUUUGUGCAUCAGGUCACUCGAUUCGCAGGUCGCCGGCCGUUCCUUUCAUUUUGACUACAGCAUUCAUUUCAUUUGAUACAAGUCGCUUCCUUUCUAUCACAUUUUCGUCAUGUUGUCCUUCAAGUUCAUCAGUCUUGUCUUGGUAUGCACUGCCUGGGCCUUGCCACUGAGCAUCAAGCGUGAGGUGCCGCAGGAGCACUCCCAUAACAUUGUGCUGGCAUCCGUGCGCCCCAUGUUGGACCUUGACAACCCUAAUAAUAUUGAGGAUCCUGUUUUUGGUUUGUUGGGCGAUGCGGCUGCUGCAGGGGGUGCUGGAAGCAUCACGAAUCUCGAUUGUCUCCAGCAAGACACCGCUGAUCAAGCAUUUACAAAUGCGAACGCUGCAGGCAAUGUGACUGGCAUGGUCUUUGCACUUAUUUACCGUGCGCUCGAGCGCAACACCGGAUCUGUUGGACUGGCCUCCGUUAUAUGUAACGAGACCGCUACGAAUCCUGAGGUCGCAGCUAUCACUCAACAUCAGGACCCCGCUUCCACGAAUGCCACUGCCAUCAACAAAGCCAUCGCCCUCGAACUUGCCACGCAGAUCGCGUCCGUUGGAGGCGACCCCCAGCUGGCGUUGAUGUCGGGCACGUUCGCUGCUGGUACGAUCGGCGAUCCCACGGCAAAAGGAAACACAUGCGACGAUGCGGAUGAUGAGCCCGGCUGCAUCUUCACCGACAACCUGCUGGUGGACGAUGCCACCGCAGAGGAGAUCAGUGCUGCCGUUGCUGGCAUCUCUGCGACCGUUUCUGCAUCCUCUGCAGCAGUGACUUGCGGGACAGACAACGCCGUAACCGUCUCGGUGACCGCCACUGUAACAAAUGCUGAUACUGUCGCCACUGCUACAUCGGCCUCGACCGCCACGGCUGCUGCUGCGACGGCCUCAACGAGCACUGCCGCGACAGGAUCGAACCUUCAGACCUUCACUGGCGCUGUCGGUGGUGUCAGUGCGCCAGCCGUCACUCAGGCCAGCGAUGGCAAAUUUAUAGUCACGUCUGAGGAGCAGGACGAGUUCGUCAACCUGUCGGCCGCGCUCGGUCGCUCGUGCGACGUACAGCACAACCAGUGCGCGGACGCUGCGAACGCGAGCGGAAACGCGUCCUUCACUGUUUCGGACUGCGACACUCAGGACACGGAGUGCAAGGCUGCCUAGAGCUCAUGAUGGAAGGAUGGUGUGCGUAGAUGUAGGCACAGAUUAUCGCGGCCCGCUGGACCGUGCCGGGCUGUGCGUUUGGAGGAGUGAUUUUCUGCUUGCAUUGUUGUCAUUAUCUCUGGUACCGCGAAUCUGACUUGGCUUGACUCGCAAACAUUGC